GCCCCGCGCGGCGCCUGGCCUGUGUACCAUCUGCAGGGUGAGGGCUCAUUGCGCGCGGUGUAAGCGCGUUGUAAGCUGCAUAAUUGCCGGGCUCAUCGCGCGCGGCCUGGGGUGCAGGGGGGGUUGGUGAUCGUCGCGCGCUGGUCUUGUGGGUCCUAAUAGACUAUUGACCAGUUUCUGGCAAUUAAGCCGCAUAUACUGAUUGGUCGUUGAUCGAUGCGAUGCUAUUGUGCAGGUGCAAACAAAGAGUUCGAUUACAAAUCCACGAAGAAUGCUGGUAGGACCAAAAGUCUGGUGAAUGGGUAAUUGUAGACUCCGCUUAUAUAUUAAUAUUUGACCCCGAGCCUUCCGGAGGCUUCACUCGGUAUAAAUAGAAAGGUAUCUUCGGCUCCAAGAUGCCUUCUUCCAACAUAUUCCAUUCCAUAGCUCAUUGCAUCUGUGGUCCCAAACCCAAACAGUCCAAGUCCACAUCUGCCAUUGAACCCAAUAUCACACGCACAAUGGCCCCUAUCGUACUAAUCCUCGGAGCUGGGCCCAGAACUGGCGCCUCGGUCGCUGACAAGUUCGCCAGCAGUGGCUACAAAGUUGCUGUGGUGUCACGGAGCGGGACCGGCUCCAAGAACGACAAAGGAUACCUCGCCCUCAAGGCGGACUUCACCAAGCCCGACUCGAUCCCAGCCCUGUUCGAUACAGUCAACAGCGAGCUCGGCAGCGCUCCCAGCGUCGUCAUCUACAACGCUUCAGCACUGUCGCCUCCUCCCGAUAAGGAGUCCGUCCUUUCCAUCUCGGCCGACAGCGUUGUAUCGGACUUAAACGUCAACGUCGUCAGCCCUUACGUCGCCGCCCAGCAGGCUGUCAAGGCCUGGGAGACGCUGCCCGCUGAUACAAAGAAGACAUUCAUCUACACGGGCAACAUUUUGAACCAAGCCGUCAUCCCCGUGCCGCUGAUGCAGAACUUGGGCAUCGGCAAGUCGGCCUCGGCCUACUGGGUCGGCCUUGCCGACACCACGUACGCGGCCAAGGGCUUCCGGUUCUUCUAUGCCGAUGAGCGCCACGCAGACGGCAAGCUCAAGGGGAUGGCGCUCGACGGCCCCGCUCAUGGCGAUUUCUACCCGCAGUUGGCCAGCCAUCCGGAGAAUGUGCCGUGGCAGGCCACUUUCGUGAAGGACAAGGGCUAUGUCUCAUUCAAGUAAACUUUCCAGCUUGGAACUGUAAUCUGGGAUGAAAGAGUGCGCAAUUAUUAGCAAAGCAUUGAAUACAAAUUCAAUGCCAUUUGUUGGAUUGUGGGCAAAUGGUCUUGUAUUGAAUGUGUCAUGAUCUCUAGAGAGUCCUGAAUGAAGUGAACGGCGGCCAUAAGGGCCUUAU